AUGUCUUCUACCCUACCUUCCACGACGGACUCUGUGCCAAAUCAGGCCUCGUCGACCCAGCCCAACACCUCUAAACCUCCAAGACGUCCGCGGCGGCCCAAUUACAACUACAUACAUCGGAACCUCUUACCUGUCGAAGUCCAUCCAUUACCCGUGCUCAUCCCUCACAAUCCGUUGUCGUUGGUGGCUAUUGCCUUGUCGUAUCUGGUUCAAGUCCUAUCUCCGCCUGCGCGUCCAAGCUACAAUGGGUACUUCUCAUCAGCCACGUCGUCAAUCCAUGUCACCGACCCGGAUACCGUACGCAAGCUAUGGGAAAUGGGGUUUUUUGGGAAAGGCAGCCUGAGCCGAAGUGAGCCGACGUGGCUGGAAAACCGCCGGAAGAAAGGUGCUACUGCUGAAGAGAAUACGAAUCAACGCCGGCAGGAGAGAAGGCAGCUGAAACAAGAACGAGCACGUAAAGAACAGGAGGAGAUAGAACGGAAACUGGUGGAAGAGUCCCAACGCAACAACGAGAUCGCAAAUGGCCAUGUCAAUGGUAUCUUUGCGGAAAAUGUCCUCAAGACCAAUUCAGGAGACUUCAGCGACAUCGGCAGUGUUCUAGAAUCGGCCAGCGGCACCGUCACACCCGAAGUUGAGGAAGGCAAGGAGAACGGCACGAUUCUUGACUUUAAUAAGUGGAAGCAGGCGAUCGAGGCCAACGGACUGCCCACCCCGCCGCCUACAUCGACGUCUUCAGAAGCCAGCCAGACGGAGGGACGCCCGCUCAGACAGCGACAGCGGGCCAAAACCGUCAGGUUUUCCCCGACGAUCGAGGCAAGAGAGUUCGACCUUAGCUCUCCUGUGAUCUCGCCAAUCAAGAGUCCAGGAUCGUCAGCUCUUCAGAACGUACAACCAGAGAGUACACCAUUGCCAGUGCAAGAAAAUCAAGAGCACCUGAACCUGUCCAUGGAGGAAGCCUUCUUUCUCUCCUACGGGCUAGGCGUGCUUCAGAUCUAUUGCGAUGAUAGUGAUGCUGUCCUUCCCCCCUCCUCUCUCUUCUCCCUCUUUCGGCGACACUCAUACCAUCCUCCUCGGUCUCUGUCCGCCCCUGCGGAGCCUGACGACCCCUUCGUGCUGUCAUAUGUUGUAUAUCAUCACUACCGUUCGCUAGGCUGGGUUGUGCGAUCAGGUGUCAAGUUCUCGACCGAUUACUUACUGUACAACCGAGGCCCGGCCUUCUCCCAUGCCGAGUUUGCUGUUGUCAUUGUCCCAUCAUACAGCCACCCCUCGUGGACUGAAACACCCGAGCUGAAGAAGGUGGUUGAAAGUAAGAGCAAGAAAACUUGGUGGUGGUUGCAUGGAAUCAACCGUGUUCAAGCACAGGUGCACAAACAGUUGGUUUUAUGCUAUGUGGAUGUCCCGCCUCCGCUGAAGAAUGAGGAGAAGCGUAAGGAUGUGGACAUCGGCCAUCUUCUUUCACGAUACAAAAUUCGAGACGUCAAUGUUCGGCGCUGGACACCGAACAGAAGCCGAGAUUGA